UGUGGUGCCUGGUGUUUCAGGCGCGCUAAAGCCGGCGAAAUUUUGAAGGAAGCUUCCGCCAUAAGGCAGGUUGCAUACACCCCCCUUCGAACGACCCUUUUCCUCGACGACGACGACAAGGAACGACGGACCUUUAGAUUUAAUUCUUCACAACAGGGUCAAACCAGCCAUGUUGCGCCCAGCACUAAGAAUACCGCUGAGGCGGCAAAUACAGCCGUUGAGGCCGCUGGUCCAGCGCAGAUUCGAGCACCUCAUGCCGGUGCUGCAGAAAGACAAGCAGCAAUUUCUCGAGCACGGCAUCGGCCCCGAAGACGACCAGUUCCUUUCUGCCAGGGCUGUUGAUCUUGCCUGGACUCAAUACAUGUCAUUGGCAUUAAAGAAGCUGAACAGGUUGACAAAUGGCAAGGAAAACGACGUCAGCACCGGCCGCGACUCCCUGAGGGACCUGGCCAUCCGCACCGCUCGCGAUCCCCUCAACGCCCCUACCUUCAACUACGCCAGCAUGGCGCACAACAACCACUUUUUCUUCGACGGUCUGUCCUCUGAGCCCGUCGAGAUGCCAAAGCUGCUGCGCGAGGCGCUCGAGCAGGACUUUGGCAGCAUCGAGACGCUUCAGCGUGAGUUCCUCGUCACGGCCCUCGCCAUGUUCGGCCCGGGCUUCGUCUGGCUCGUCAAGACCAAGACCACGGCGGGCAGGGACGUCUUCCGCCUGCUGCCUACAUACCUCGCCGGCACGCCCUACCCCAAGGCCCACUACCGCCGCCAGCCCGUCGACAUGAACACCGCCGACAGCCAGGGCCCCGAGGCCAACAGCGUUGACGGCUGGAUGAACAAGCAGCAGGCCGCCGUCUCGUCCGAUGGCAGUCUGGAAAAGACCGAAAAGGCCAAUGGCGGCAUUUCCGAAACCAGCCUCACGCCCGUCCUGUGCCUCAACACCUGGGAGCAUGUCUGGACUACCGACUACGGCAUCGUCUACGGAGAGAAGGAGCGCGAGUCCAAGAGGCUGUAUGUUAGCAGGUGGUGGAAACACAUUGACUGGGAUGUUGUUAGCAGCCUAGCCAACAUCAGGCCCCGACCGGAACCGAAGUUGUAAGCCGCUGUUGUAUGGGUGUGACAAGGGGCGAUUGAUGGUGGACAGUUGACUGCCAAAGCCGAUGGCUGUUUUUUUUUUGGGGGGGUUUUUUUCCGCUUGCGGGACGGCGGAGUGAGGCUGAGGGCGGAGGUCUCGCGUGUACUAUUAGAUGUCCCAGCGAUGCCGAGAACAGCAUCUCUCCCGCCUUCUAUUAGGGAAUGGGCUUUAUCGAGGCUGACGGGACACUUGCCGCCGGCAUGGGAUGUAUAGACAUAAAAACUGCUGUACCAUGUUGUACAUGUAACAUACCUUUUAAAUGGAGAAGAACAGAACAAGGCGAGAUAAGAUGCAAACAUGGUGAUAAAUAUUUACUUUGCCUCCUUAAAUCUUAUAUGUUAGCACGGC